GGCCGCUGCGCUCAGCGGCGCGGAAUAGAAUGAAUUGUAACAAAACAAGCCCAGCCUUUGUAUCUGCUUAAAGGGGCCGCAGGCACUUCCCUCCUGUCCCCCACCCCCACCCCCACUCUGCAACAGCGUCUCCAGGGCUCCCAGCAACUGGCUGGAAGGGCUUCCCUCACCCUCGGGAACAGCUUGCCAGCGAGGACAGGAGAGCCAGGCUGGAGGUAAAGAGGAGCCUUUGCAUUUUUAAGAGGCAAGAAAGAAAAGAAGGAAGGAAAAAAAUAUAACACAAGCGGCGCAGAGUGGACUCUGGUCCCGAGGAGCACGAUCCGGCGCCAGAACGUGGACCGAGAAGCACCGGAAUGCAAACAAAGCUCGCGGGCGCCGGUGCAGGGCUCGCGAGGAAGCCCAGAAAGUUUGUUUUAUGAUGGCUUGAGUGCGCGAGCGUGUGCAGGGGAGAAAGGCUGCCAAGUUUCUCUCUCUCUUUGCGUUAUUUGGAGGAAGAUGUCUCUCCCAUGAACCAGCGGGGGUUUGGGGGCUGCGCUGUUGGGGGACACCUGUCUCUCAUUUUAUUAUUAUUUUUUUUGGGGGGGGAGGAGGGAUAUAACUCGUCAUGUCGAAAGUGAUCCAGAAGAAGAACCACUGGACUAGUAAGGUUCACGAAUGCACCGUGAAGCUGGGACCUCAGGGCGAGCUGGGGGUAACGGUGUUGGGGGGCGCGGAGAAUGGGGAGUUUCUGUAUGUUGGAGCGGUAGCAGCGGCCGAGGCGGCAGGGCUUCCAGGCAGCGGCGAGGGCCCCCGGCUGGGCGAGGGGGAGCUGAUUCUGGAAGUGCAGGGGAUCCGGGUCUCCGGCUUGCCCCGCUAUGACGUGCUGGGAGUCAUCGACAGCUGCAAGGAGUCCGUCACCUUCAAAGCCGUCAGACAAGGAGGAAAGCUGAACAAGGACCUACGACACUUUCUCAACCAGCGGUUCCAGAAAGGGUCUCCUGAUCACGAACUCCAGCAGACAAUAAGGGAUAAUCUGUAUCGCCAUGCUGUGCCUUGCACAACCCGGGCUCGGAGGGAAGGAGAAGUGCCUGGCGUGGACUACAACUUUCUGACUGUGAAGGAAUUCCUGGACCUUGAGCAGAGUGGGACUCUUCUGGAAGUCGGCACCUAUGAAGGAAACUAUUAUGGGACACCCAAACCUCCUAGCCAGCCAGUCAGUGGGAAAGUGAUCACAACGGAUGCCUUGCAAAGCCUUCAGUCUGGCUCCAAGCAAUCAACCCCAAAGCGAACCAAGUCCUACAAUGAUAUGCAAAAUGCUGGCAUAGUCCAUGCGGAGAAUGAAGAGGAGGAUGACAUUCCUGAAAUGAACAGUAGCUUUACAGCCGAUUCUGGUGAUCAGGAAGAGCGCCCUCUCCAAGAAACAACACUACCACCUGUGAAUAGUAGCAUCAUCGCUGCUCCCAUCACGGACCCUUCUCAGAAGUUCCCACAAUACCUACCUCUUUCUGCAGAGGAUAAUUUAGGUCCUCUACCUGAAAACUGGGAGAUGGCCUAUACCGAAAAUGGAGAAGUCUAUUUUAUAGAUCAUAACACAAAAACAACAUCAUGGUUAGACCCUCGGUGCCUGAACAAGCAGCAGAAGCCCCUGGAAGAGUGUGAAGAUGAUGAAGAAGGGGUCCACACCGAGGAGCUGGACAGUGAACUAGAACUGCCUGCUGGUUGGGAAAAGAUUGAAGACCCUGUCUAUGGUAUCUACUAUGUAGACCACAUCAACAGGAAGACACAAUAUGAGAACCCAGUCCUAGAAGCCAAGCGGAAGAAGCAGCUUGGGCAGCAGCCACAGCAGCAGCAGCCGCAGCCAUCAGAAGAAUGGACAGAAGACCAUUCAUCGCUCGUGCCUCCUGUUAUUCCCAACCACCCCACAAGCAAUCCGGAGCCUGCCAGAGAAGCUCCACUUCAGGGCAAACCCUUUUUUACACGAAACCCUUCAGAGUUGAAAGGCAAGUUCAUUCACACAAAGCUGCGGAAGAGCAGCCGUGGCUUUGGCUUCACAGUUGUUGGAGGGGAUGAACCUGAUGAGUUUCUGCAGAUCAAGAGCUUGGUCCUAGAUGGUCCUGCUGCAUUGGACGGCAAGAUGGAAACAGGAGAUGUAAUUGUCAGUGUGAACGACACUUGUGUUUUGGGACACACACAUGCACAAGUUGUGAAAAUCUUCCAGUCCAUUCCCAUUGGUGCCAGUGUGGACCUUGAACUCUGCCGAGGUUAUCCAUUGCCUUUUGACCCAGAUGACCCCAAUACAAGUUUAGUGACCUCGGUGGCCAUUUUGGAUAAAGAACCAAUUAUUGUGAAUGGGCAAGAGAACUAUGAUUCGCCUGCCAGUCAUAGCAGUAAAACAGGCAAAGUCAAUGGCAUGAAGGAUGCCAGGCCAAGCAGCCCAGCAGACGUGGCCUCAAACAGUUCCCAUGGUUACCCCAAUGACACUGUCUCUUUGGCUUCCUCCAUAGCCACUCAGCCGGAACUUAUAACUGUUCAUAUAGUCAAAGGGCCAAUGGGCUUUGGUUUUACUAUCGCAGACAGUCCUGGUGGGGGUGGUCAAAGAGUGAAACAGAUUGUUGACAGUCCAAGGUGCCGAGGUCUGAAAGAAGGGGAUCUUAUCGUGGAAGUGAAUAAGAAGAAUGUGCAGGCUCUGACUCACAACCAGGUCGUGGAUAUGCUGAUUGAAUGUCCAAAGGGAAGUGAAGUCACAUUGUUGGUGCAACGAGGAGGACUGCCAGUUCCCAAGAAGAGCCCUAAAUCGCAACCUCUGGAAAGAAAAGACAGCCAGAACAGUUCCCAACACAGUGUUUCCAGCCACCGAAGCCUGCACACAGCGUCCCCCAGCCACAGCACACAGGUGCUCCCUGAGUACCCACCCGCAGAGGCCCCGGCUCCAGAUCAGACCGACAGCACUGGGCAGAAAAAACCAGAUCCUUUCAAAAUCUGGGCCCAGUCCAGGAGCAUGUAUGAAAGCCGACCUAUGUCACCUUCGCCAGCAUCGGGAUUGAGCAAGGGUGAAAGAGAGAGAGAAAUCAAUUCCACGAAUUUUGGAGAAUGUCAGAGUCCAGAUUACCAAGAACAGGAUAUCUUCCUCUGGAGAAAAGAGACUGGAUUUGGAUUUAGGAUUCUUGGUGGAAAUGAACCAGGGGAACCUAUUUAUAUUGGUCACAUCGUACCACUGGGUGCUGCUGAUACGGAUGGCCGCCUCAGGUCAGGGGAUGAAUUAAUCUGUGUGGAUGGGACACCAGUAAUUGGAAAAUCACACCAGCUUGUGGUCCAGCUUAUGCAACAAGCCGCCAAGCAAGGCCAUGUCAACCUCACAGUGCGGCGUAAAGUGGUAUUUUCAGCCCCCAAAGCAGACACGGAGGUACCCUCGCCAGCCUCUUCCCACCACAGCAGCACGCAGCCCGCCUCCCUGACCGAGGACAAGCGCACCCCACAGGGCAGUCAGAACUCCCUGAACACGGUGAGCUCAGGCAGCGGCAGCACCAGUGGCAUCGGCAGUGGCGGGGGAGGGGGCAGCGGUGUGGUGAGCACGCUGCAGCCCUACGACGUGGAGAUCCGCCGAGGGGACAGCGAGGGCUUCGGGUUCGUCAUAGUGUCCUCAGUGAGCCGGCCUGAGGCAGGCACAACCUUCGCAGGCAAUGCAUGUGUGGCUAUGCCUCACAAAAUAGGUCGGAUUAUUGAGGGGAGCCCUGCUGACCGAUGCGGCAAGCUGAAAGUAGGAGACCGGAUCUUGGCGGUAAAUGGCUGUUCCAUCACCAACAAGUCCCAUUCAGACAUUGUCAACCUAAUCAAAGAAGCAGGAAACACAGUUACCCUCCGCAUCAUUCCUGGGGAUGAGUCUUCGAAUGCCACUUUGCUAACCAAUGCGGAGAAGAUUGCCACCAUCACCACCACACACACCCCUCCUCAGCCAGGGGCCCAGGAGACCAGCAGGAAUACCACCAAACCAAAGCCGGAAUCUCAGUUUGAGUUCAAAGCACCCCAGGCAACACAGGAGCAGGAGUUUUACACUGUGGAACUGGAAAGAGGAGCCAAGGGCUUUGGCUUUAGUCUUCGAGGGGGUCGCGAGUAUAACAUGGACCUCUAUGUUCUGCGCUUAGCAGAGGAUGGUCCUGCAGAAAGGUGUGGAAAGAUGAGGAUCGGUGAUGAAAUUUUAGAGAUCAAUGGUGAAACCACCAAAAACAUGAAGCAUUCUCGGGCUAUAGAACUGAUUAAGAAUGGUGGCCGCAGAGUGCGUCUGUCUCUGAAGCGGGGAGACGGCUCAGUACCAGAAUAUGACCCCGGCAGCGACCGGAACGGCGCCUCUGCCGGUGCACAAGGUGUCCCGGAAGUGAGGCCCGGGCCGGCACAGGGUGUCCCGGAAAUGAGGCCCGGGCCGGCCGGCCGCAGGCCGCACCCGCCAUUGGAGUCCAGUUAUCUACCCGAUCUUCACAAAUCAUCACCACAUGGGGAAAAGCGGGCACAUGGAAAAGAUUCAAAAGGCGGCCGAGAGUACGGCAGACAACCCAACGAGCAUCACACAUGGAACGGAACUUCCAGGACACUCGACAGCGGGGCUUGCCGACCCAAGGACCGGGCGUCCGAGGGGCGAAGAGAAGCCCCACCUGAGCGGCUGGUGACCAAUGGCCCCACGAGGAGGUCCCCAGAGAAGCGGAGGGAAGGCACCCGGAGCGCUGACAACACGUUGGAGAGGAGGGAGAGGCACGACAAGAGAAGAGAGAUUUCUCCUGAGAGGAGGCGAGAUCGGUCACCCACCCGCAGAAAGGACAGCUCGCCCAGCCGCCGUAGGAGGUCUCUCGAAAGGCUCCUGGAUCAGAGAAGAUCUCCAGAGCGAAGGAGGGGGGGCUCGCCCGAAAGGAGAGCAAAAUCGACUGACCGCAGGAAAGCGAGGUCCCCCGAGCGGAGGCGAGAGCGGUCUCUUGAGAAAAGGAACAGAGAGGACAGAGUCAGCCAACGAGAAAGAGAAGAGCCGAGCCUGAAGCAGGAUGCCAGCAGAAGUUGCAGACAUCCCCCAGAGCAGAGAAGGAGGCCUUACAAAGAAUGCAGCACCGACCUCAGUAUCUGAGCUCUGGGUCACAUUCCAACCUUUACCAUGUCAAAGGUUCUAUGAGGAAGUUCACAAACCUGAAAUACUUUAGUUUCUUACCUAAUGAAGCAUCUGACACCUGAUGAUCCUAUGAACAGCAACAAACAUUUUAUGCAUUUGAAAUCUUAUAAAAAUAUAUAUGAAAAGUGUUGUGCCUGAUGUAUAAUAUUAAAGAAAGUAUUUUUAAAUGCAUACUUUUUUGGAAAUUAUUUGCCAAAUGCUGCCCCAAAGGGAUAUAAAUUUUGUUUCUACAUGAACUGUAGAAUUGUCAAGAAUUGUUCCCUUUUGGGGGCAAUCUCUCUCCUGAUUAAAUAGGGCUGUUGAUCAUUUUCACUAAGUAAGGGACGUUAUUAAGUUUAAUUAAUUUGAUAUAGACUGUUAUGUAAUGAUGUAGUGCUAUACUGUAGUUAGGAGAUUUCCUUUUAAAUAAAAAAGCAAAGCUAUAUUUGUAAAAGCUGAGAACUCGUUGAGAUGGGUUAGGAUUGCCAAUGAUCCUAAAAUCAAGCAAACUGUAUGAAGAGACUACUAUUGCAAAUGAAGGAUAUAGGAAACCUACACGGCACACACAAAAACAUUAUGUUCUUGAGUCAUAGUUGGUUCAGAAAACAGUUUGGACUCCCCCUGGCCAUAGAAAGGCAUAGAGAGGAAAAGGUUGGCCACCAUUAUCCAAGUGCAGAUGGUAAGGUUCAUUAGCAUCACCAACAUCUACUAAGAUUUCAUUAAGGCAGUGCUGCCACAGCUUCAGUCAACUACUGGAAGGAAUGGACCAACAAACACCACCUGUGUUGUCAUGUCUGAUUUGAAGCUUAAGAGUAGAUGGAGUGAGGGACAAUGUGCCCAGUGUGAAGGAGCCAUAAAAGUCCACAAUACAGAAGGUUAUUCUGUUCCCUCUUUUUAGCAUAAGGCCAUGGCUGCCCUUUGCCAAAUUGGGGAGAAGGGAAUGUGCCUUGGUGGAGUUAGCUCUUUGUUGAAUUUUAGGGUUGGAGGUGCUUAUUCUUAGAAAUGCUGAUUUCCCUUUGAAACUAACUGUCUCCAGAAUGAAUGAAGGAGAAGGGACGUGAUCUCAAUGGUUGUAGAUCUAGUUGGCAAACUUAUGUCUUCAUGACCCUGUCCUUGGAAUUUUGGGACAGCAGAACAAAACAUAAUUUUCCUUUUUAGAAAAGACCUAUUCUUUUGGCAAUCCCACAUAAGGUGUAGUUGGGUCGGGUGUAGCCCCGGGAAGUGGUUGAAAUGGAUUACUGCCUAGCUGAGCCAAAAUGUUUGCUUGUACUUGUUGGACCACUAUAGUAAACCGCUGCUUACAAUACAUUGUGUAUUUCUGUAGUACUGUUUUGCAUUUUCCAUACAGACACAAAACUUUGCGAGUCAAUCACUGUUGUUCUCAUGGUACUGUUUUUUAAAAAGGGAAAAAAAGAACAAAGAAAACCAGCCAAUCAUUGUGUGUACAGAGUUAAAAACUGUAAUUAAUAGAGCCUGUUUUAAAAAAAUGUUGCCUUUUUUUCCUGUAUAAAAGAGAAUUUAUGACAAAAAAUUUAGGUAUGAGGAAUGUGAUGUGUUCAUAUUUCUGAAUAUGGAAAAAAUUAAUUGGGAUAUAUUUUAAUGUAAACUAAAUCAGGUAUUGUAAAGCUGUUUUAAAGUGGGAGACUGUAUAAGUAAUUCUCUAAAGCUUUAGUUGGUUUGAAUAUCAUCAUUUCCUCCAUGGUGAGCCUGCUUGCGAAUUAUUAAGCACUUGUUUGCAUUCUGUUCUUCACUCAUUUCUUGCAGUGUGCUAUGGAUUUAAUGCUGUUUAUUGAUGAAAAGCAGUAUGCGGGCCAAUCUUUUUAUAAAACACUAUGCAUAUAUAAAUAUUACAUUGUUCAUAGCUUUAUUUGACUUAUGGGUUUAUACAUAACAUUGGAAUGAGUAGCUGUAGUUGUGUGGACAUUCACAAAACAAGUUCAUUUCCUCGAACAGACACAAUGAACAUUCUAUAUCUAAAAAAGAGGGAAAAGUCUGUGACUUUUAUUUUUUUUUCAAAGUUUUCCAUAGAAAGCAUACAUUGAGCUGUAGCAGUAAGGCUGAGAAAGAAUACAACUGAAAAUGAUGUUCUUUUUUAUCCAUUUCCAAAGAACCAACUUGGAGACUUUAUUCCUAAGGUUCCACUGCUAGGAAUUUUCUCACUAUUUCUAGCAAAAUCUUUGUUGUUAAAUGAUCAAUGCUCUCAGUUGUGGUCCAGAGUCUUAAAUAAAUGAAAUCAAAGUAGAUUUGGGGAGUAUGUCCUGAACUUCAUAUUUUGAUGUCUUACUUGUCCUCAAAGAUGACAUUUGACAUUUGAAAAUCUGUGUGCUACCCACCUGCGCCUAUCUCAAUCUGAACACUUUUGGUGUGGCAGUUUCCUCUGAAUUCCACACAGAUUUGCUUUGGAAAUAACUGUACUGUACCGGGAAUAUGCACUAAGCAGAAAGAUAUAGUUUUCUCUGAACUACUGUAACCUUAAAUUGGAGACUGAUUCUUGUGAGCCUACUUUUCCUAAUCCCCCACUUCAUGUAAAUGUUUUGAUGAGAGAUGAUGGAUGAGUAUUUUGUACAAUGAAAUCAAACAAUUUAGAAAUUUUCCUCUCACCCAUUACACAGUUAAUGCCUGGAAGAAUGUGGGGGGAAAACUCAACACCCUACUUGUAUUUUUUAAGUUUCUUUUGUGAAAUAAUUUUUAAUGCAUUUUUACUGUAAAAAUACAUGGAAAUGUAUGCAUUCCAUAACCAC